AUGUGCAUAAAAGAAUUCACACAGGGGAAAAGCCGUUUUCCUGUCCUGAGUGUGGGAAAUGUUUUGCAAGUAACUCAAAUCUUGUCACACAUCAAAAGUAUCACACAGGGGAAAAGCCAUACUCCUGUUCUGAUGCGGGAAAUGUUUUUUCAGAGAAGUCCAGCCUUUGUUAUCAUCAGAGAUUGCACAAGGGGGAGAAUCCAUAUUCUUGUUCUGAGUGUGGGAAAUGUUUUUUGGUACAAAAAUCAAAACUUUUCACACAUCAGAGGUGUCACAUGA